CGUUGGACGCCUCAGCAUGUCUAACAACGAUGUAUCCCUCGAUGACGACUAUGUCGUUGAGCUGUUGAAGCGCGAUGCUGCGGCCAUCAGCUCUGGAAAUGCGACUAUUGGUGGACGAUCACGACCACGCGGCCAAGGCGUGCGACCAAAUGCACGCUUCUUGAAGAACCUGGUUCGGGAUAUUGACAGCCAUAAUACUGCUUUGAAGCAAAAGGAAGAGCGAGAAGCAAGACAUCGCAUGUGGGAUCUGCAGCGAGGAAAGAGAAAGAGCGAGACAGAAUCGCAUGGACUCGAUCGCAAAUCGAGGCACGAGAGUAGCAAGUCAACGGAGAAGCGCAGGUCGCGAUCCCGAUCACCCCGGCAGAGGGAUGGUGACAGACGUCGCAGGAGGAGUCUGGAAAGGUAUGCGCCUGGCAGUAGUAGACACAAGAGAGCCAGGUCCAGGUCCCAGUCUCCAGAGCACAGAUCAAGGAAUCGCGAACGACAUAAACGACGAUCGCGUUCUCGAGAAAAAUGCGCCGCGACUCACUCCGACUCUGACCCUCUCGAUGACCCAAUUGGACCUCAGCCGCUAUCGAAAACUAAAGCGCGAGGCAGAGGCGCGCAGAAUCCGACGAGCAUAGACACACAUUUCAACGCCUCAUACGAUCCCAAAGCCGAUGUUGCUCUGGAGGAAGAUCGCAACGAUUGGGAUAUGGCUCUCGAAGCGUUGCGAGAUCGAGCAAAGUGGAAACAGUCCGGAGCAGAAAGACUUCGUGCAGCAGGGUUCACGGAAGCAGAGGUAGAUAAUUGGCAAAACGGUACAAAAGAUAACGGAGAGAAGAGUAUCGAUGAUGUGAAAUGGAAUAAAAAAGGCGAAAGAGAGUGGGAUAGAGGGAAGGUGUUGGAGGGAGAUCAUGUCGAGCAGCGACCUGAGUGGGGACGUUUGAAGGACACUUGAUCGAGCCACGAUGCAGGCCACAUGGAACAGCAGUUCAUUCAGCUCGGAGUUCCGCCUGAUUUAGAGUCUAUCCUUGUAUUCUGAGUGUCGCUCCGCUUGGCCGUCACUCAUUUGGAGGUCAUGCCAG